AUGGUGAAUUUGUAACAGUGAAACAGCAAUCUCUGCUGUAGCUUCUAUGUAUGGCGGAUAGAAAGAAGAACUAGAAAUAGAGGUCAAUUAAAGGCUGUUUAGAACUAUUUCCUACGUUUUCAUGUUCUCUAAAAUUAUACAGAGAACAAACCAAAGUGGGCCAUUUCUUGUCUCUCCCACUUUUUGCCAACAGAAAGAAAAGAAAAUCAUCUAUAAAAGUUUUCCCAAGUCAUCAUCUGCCUUCAACAAUCACUGCUUCCAAAUGGGAAUUAUGGAAUUCCAUCAAAUUUUUCAUGAUUCCAAGACAUAUUUGGAUGAAUCUUACUCUUCUUCUUCUUCUUCUUCUUCUUCAUGUCUCACUACUUUCAAAGGCCAUUCUUCUUACAUCUCUUCUCUAACUCUCGCCGGAAAAUUCCUCUACUCUGGUUCCUCCGACAGAGAAAUCCGAUCAUGGAGACGAAACCCAUCACAAAACUGCGAAGAAAAUCGAGAAGAGUUUCAGAACAAUAUGGUUACAGCCGGACAUGGCGCAGUGAAAUGUCUAGUGGUUUCAUCUGACAAACUUUACAGCGCUCAUCAAGACCAUAAAAUUCGCGUUUGGAAAAUCUUUAACGAUUUCGAUCACCAUCAAAAGUACACACGCUUAGCCACUCUCCCGACGCUCGGCGAUCGGACGGCCAGGCUUUUGACACCCAAUAAUCAGGUCCAAAUCCGACGGCACAAGAAAUGCACAUGGGUUCAUCAUGUUGAUACCGUUUCAGCUCUUGCUCUGUCAAACGACGAGUCGCUUCUCUAUUCCGUCUCGUGGGAUCGGACCCUCAAAAUCUGGCGGACUUCUGAUUUCAAAUGCUUGGAAUCCGUCGCCGGAGCUCACGACGAUGCAAUAAACGCCGUCGCGCUCGCCGGAGACGGUGACGUGUAUACUGGAUCGACGGACAAGAGGAUUAAAGUGUGGAGGAAAAACCCAGAUGGGAAAAGGCAUUUUUUGGUCCAAACACUUGAGAAACACAGCUCGGGAAUUAAUGCGUUGGCUCUCGCCGGUGAUGGUUCGGUUUUAUUUUCCGGCGCCUGCGACCGGUCGGUUUUGGUUUGGGAGAAGGAGGAAGGGGGUGGAUUAAUGGAGUUGGUGGGUGUAUUGAGAGGCCAUUCAAAGGCCAUAUUGUGUUUGGCUGUGGUGUUGGAUUUGGUCUUUAGUGGUUCGGCGGACAAGACGAUCAGAAUUUGGAAGAAGGUCGUCGCCGGAAAUUAUGUGUGUUUGAAGGUUUUGGAAGGGCAUAACGGUCCGGUGAAGUGUUUGGCGGCGGCGGUUGAUCGGUGCAACCAAAACGACAGGUCGUUUAUGGUUUAUAGUGGUGGUUUGGACUGUGAUAUAAAGGCGUGGCAAAUUUCUGUUCCUCUUGUUUAGAUUGAAACUUUUUCUUUUUCUUCUUUCGAGGGAUUUGUAUAUAUAUUAUUAAAGAGUUUUAGUGCAAUUUAGUUUU